AUUUUUUUUCAAAAUACCUAAGCUGCUGUUUCAGAAAGUUAAACUUUUACUCAAUAAACAAAAUUUCAUGCGUUCGAAGCAAAACUAUUGAUAUGCAAAAGCAAUUUGCGCACACAUUAUGCAUUUUUCGUUGCAUAUUUCUAGGCGUAUACACCUAAAUAAUUAAAUUCUUAUGUUCAGUAACGGAAAUCGAUAUAUACAUAGCUGUAGUUGUAAACAAAGCAUAAUAUUAUACUUAUGAAACGCAAAAUACACCUGUUAUAGAACAACUUGGUAACUACCGGAUAUCCAGCAUGAAUAAGGCGUUUUACAUUUCAAAAGCUUUUGAUUUUUGAUUUUUUCUUCUUCUGUUUAUACAUAUAUGUUUUUAUGUGUUUACACAUUUUUAUCAGCAAAUCAGUGAUACCAACCGCACCACUAAAUUGACACUUGCUGGUGUGCACGCGCCACCGAUGCACAGAAUUGCAGACCCACCCUCACAUUGGCGUAAUACCUGUUUCGUGCGCUUACACAUGACAACUUGCAGGAGAUGUUAACAGUUAGAAAAGCUCGCGCAACGAUUUCAGUACAUUUUGUGUUUCCGUUAUUUGUGGCAAUAGCACGGCUAGUAGCUGUGCUGCAAACCGAGUGAACGAGCAACAAACAAACAUAGUAUACAUACAAAGAGUGUAAGAAAUUGUUCGAGCGACGACGACGACGCGACUACUAUAAAUAUUACAAUACAUACAGAGGUGCGAGAUUUGUGCAAAGUAAUAAAAUUUUAAAAAUCGUGUCAGCUUUUGACAACUAAAACUAUCCACCCGCUAACACACACACACACACACCUUCAUACUAAAAAAAUGGAUAUCUUAGCUCAAAUACUGAAUAUGAAUGCUGGUGGCGCGUAUGGCGGUGGCAAGGCGGGUGGCGCCUUUGAUCCCCUCACAUUUGCCAUGAAACCGCAAGUCGUGAUACGCGCAUUUUGUUGGCUCUUUUCCAUCGUUGUCUUUGGUUGCAUUUCAUCGGAGGGUUGGCGCACCGACGAGAAUGGCAAGGAGGUGUGUCUGUAUAAUGGCGAUGCCAUGGCGUGCAAAUAUGGCAAUACAAUCGGUGUAUUCGGUUUUCUGGCGUCGAUGGCCUUCAUCGUUGGUGAGUACCUGUUUGAGCGUAUGUCAUCGGUGAAAAGCAGGAAACGUUAUGUGAUGGCGGAUAUGGGAUUCUCAGCAUUCUGGGCCUUCAUGUACUUCAUUUCGUUCGUGUACUUAUGGUCACAAUGGUCCUCUGCGCCUAUGCCACCAGGUGGUGUUGGCUCUAGUAAUAUGGAAGCGGCAAUAUUUUUCUCUUUUUUCUCGAUUUUUGUGUGGGCACUUUGCGCUUUUCUCGCCUACAAACGCUUUCUGAUCGGCGCCGGUGAUGAAUUCACAUCCGCCUUUGAAACAGAUCCAGCGAACGUAGUGCAUCAGCAAGCAUACACAAGCUAUUCCAUGGACAACGACAAUGAUCAAUACAGCACGUCACCGUUUAGUGGCCAACAACAACAACAAGGUAUGGAACAGCAAGGCAUGGAAUACCAACAGCCCACCUAUUAAAGUCAGCGAGCUAAUACUACGUGUACAACAUUAGCAUUAUAAUAGGCUAAGAUAUAUAAUAUGAGCGCCAUUAAAGCUCAGACAAUUGGGCAUUUGUGAGUUAAGUAUGCUUUGCGCUGUACAGAUUUAGCAGAACAAAAAAAAUUUAUUUAUAAAUAAAAAUAUGAACCGUAAACACCGAUAAUAAACAUAUACAUACAUGAAUACAUAAACAUAUUGAAAUAGUAAAAUACAAUAAAUAUACAUAACUUUAUAAAAAAUAUUUGCUAAACGAAUGACAAAAGACAGAUAUGCUCACAAACGCCAUCAAGAAGCUGUAAAGCUCUGCUCAUAACCAAAACAACGCACAUUCAGAGGUGAAAUUAGGCGCCAAGCUCCAUUGGUAAUUCAGUAAAUUGCAAUAAUUUGAUAUAUGAAACAUGCAAUUUUAAGGUUCGAGGAGUAUAGUUAAGGAUUUUUGACUUUACUUGUCAGUUCCGAGUACUCGAAAUGCUGUAUAAAUCUGAAGUACUAAUGGAAUUGUCGUUAAUGAACUUAAAAACGUUUGUGUAUUGUAUAAUAAAAUGGCAUUACAGUAAGUACUCGAUUGUUUGAACAUAUAUAAAUUUUCAUGCCACUUUGCUUGAUUUGUUUUCGUUGUUUUGUUUUUUUUAAAUAUGACAAAAAAUUAAAAAGAAAAAUUUAGUUUGCACCCAAAUGAAAAAUAUAUACUAAAAAAUUUAAAAAAUUAAAAGAAAACAUUUUUUUUAAUUAAAAGAAAACUUAAAUUUUUUAUAUUAUUUACUUUUAUUAAAUGAACUCAUAAAUAAACUUUUAUAUUAUAUUUUUAACAAAAAAUUUUUUUUUAAUAAUUAAAAAUUAAUUUAUUUAUUCAACUUUAAUAAUUAAAAAAAUUAAUAAUAAAAAAUUUUUUUACUUAAAUUUGAGAUAGAAUUUUUUUUUAAAUUUUUUGUUACAUAAAAAAAAUUAAUAAUAAAAAAAUUAACUCAUCCUUAUGUUGUAGUUAUAUAUAUUUGUCACUACUUUGAGAAACCGCAUAACUUACCCAAAUUUGUUCACAUAAGCGAGUGGCUACUGUAAUUGUUCUAAAAAAACCUUUUCGACUAUGGAUGUACGUACCAUAUUUGUUAAAAAAAUAUAAAUAAAUCAAAUAAAUUACAAAAUUUGAAUAAAUAACGAAAAACUUGUUAGUAAUUAUGUAACUGUAAUUACGUAAAUUUUAUAAGUGAAUUUUGUGUCGCAUUUAAAUAUUAAAAUAGCUGUGCAUCGUUGUAUGUAGCGCGUAAAAAUAUUUAAAAAAAAGAGUACAUAAUAUAAAUAUAUUUGCAAAACAACAAAAAAAAAAAGAAAACCAUAAAAGUUGUAAAAUGCUUUGGCUUCAACUUUAGCAAUGUUCGCGUAAGUGCAAAAACAAAAAUCAAACUACAAAAAGCAAAGAAUUGUUUUAAUGAGAAGAAAAAAAAAUAUUUGUUAAAAAAGUUAUAAAAAACGUAGCAUAAAAGUACACUAAUUAAAACCAAUCACCGACUCGUACAUACAUACAGAUACAUAUUUUUGCAGAGACAAAUUGUUAGCUAAUCCCUGGCUGAUUAUGUAAGCUUUGCAUAUAAACAAAGUAUUUAUACUGAUACCAUUAACUAUGUACACGACCUUCAUGUAUACAAAAUAUAAGAAAUAGUAGAUAAUGUGAGAAAAAGCAAAAAGUAAACGUUGACAUAUUUACAUACAAAACGUAUUGCUUGUUAACUAGACGAGUGACAUAACACGAAAAGUCAAAAAUUUCGUUGAAGUAUCGUAGUGAAAAAACUAUAACAGCUCUUUAAAGCUGGCGGAACUUCAAAACGCUAACACAACUUCGAAAACAUACAAUUUUUGUUUAAGAAACAUUUUUUUUCACGUCAAAUGACAUUUUAGUACUCUUUCAUUUAUCACAGAUAGGUUAAGACAACGGCUUCUGUCAAAAAUAUAUUUUAAUUCAAGUAGUUAGCAAUUGAAACCAAUCAAUAACUACAUUUAGUUUAACAACAAAUAUUGUAAACGCAUUUUUGACAUUUGAGUUGUUAUACUUUGUUGUUGCUUUCACAUGUCAAUAUUUUGACAAGAGAGCGGCGCGCAAAUUUAGCGAACAAUGUAGUGGUGAAACGAACGAAUUUAGUGGUAUUCUAAUCUAGCGGCACGAAUUUCGAGCGUCUCUUGUUAAUUGAUAAAAAAGCAUUUGGUACAUUUAAUAUCAAUACUUUAAUUAAAAUUUUCAAAAAAUAAAAAAAUCACAAUGAGGAGUAAGCGGGAGUAAAGCUUAUAUCCUCGUCCACACUAUUUUACCCUUGUGCUCAUUUGACAAAUAAAACAAACCCUAUAAGGUAUAUAUAUAAAUGCUCAGCUCGAUGAGCUGAGUCUAUUAAGUCAUGCCCGUCUCUCUGUCUGUCUGUCUGUAUAUAUGCGAAUUUGUUUCUCAGUUUUUGAGAUAUCGAUACGAAAUUUUGCGCACGUAUUUUUCUCACCAAGAAGCUGCUCAUUUGUCGGAACGGCCGAUAUCAGACCACUAUAGCAUAUAGCUGCCAUACAAACUAAUAUUUUAAUAUUCCUAGACAAGAAUACCCUAUAGCCCUAUUACCUUUAACUAUGUUUAAAAUUUUAUUAUAUAAUGAUUGAUAUUUUCGAGUUGUGACACCCUUCUAGCGAGCAAGCAAAAUGUAGUUUUACAAAUUAAGAAUUGAAAAUUCACAACUUAUAUCAUGAAUACAUACAUAUGUCGUAUACAUAUUUAUACAUACAAAUUUAAGUCAUUAUAUACACAUUUAUAUAUACAUUGUUCAUACAUACAUAUAUAUUUAUGUAAAUAUUUAUAUAUGUACAUAAAAUAGCUUUGAAACGUAAAUGACCGUUAAAGUAAAAAGUAGAAAAGUCAUAUAUAUCAAAAUUAUAUUGUUUUGCAUAAGUUGUUGUUUAGUUAAUGUUGAUUUAUAUAAGAAUCUAAUUUUAAUGAUUAUUAAAAAAUAUAUAUAUUAAAUUAAAUAAUUAUUAAAAACAAUUUAUUAAAUUAUUUAUUAACAUGGUAUAUUUAUUAUAGCACUAAAUAUAGUGUGACUUGCGUUGUCUUAAAAAAUAUAUUAAUUUUUAUAUUAUUUACGACGACAGGACUAGAGUAUGUCAGUACCAUUUUAAGAAAUGUCUAAUAUUAAAGAAUUCAGCUUUUAGCAGAUAGAUUAGUACAUCGAUGUUGUUUUUAAUAGUUAAGGUCGCAAAUAUUAUAUUAUUUAUAAAAAGUUGUAUGUUAAGAAUUUAUUUUAUUUAUAUAUUACUAUACAGUUUACUAUUAUUUUAAACAAAUAUUAUUAUUUUUUAUUAUACUAUUUAUUAAUUAAUAAAUAAUAAUUUAAAUCAUUACAAUUUUAAUUAACUUAUUAUAUAUUUUGUACAUAUUUCUUAAAUAAAAACAUUUAAUUUUUAAGUACUAUGUUAUUCACAAGAUAUAAAGGUAGUAAUUUUUGAAGAGGUUAGGCGAGUUUUAAGCCUAACUUUGGCAGUUAAUUUUGGGAUUAAGGAAAGAGGAAUCAAAUUUUUCUCAAACUUUUUAAGCGGUUAGGCCAGUUUAGAGCCGUAAAAAAGGCAUAUAUUUAACAAUUUAUUUUUGGAUUAAAGAAAUAGGAAUUAAAUUUAAUAAUAAAUUAAAAACUUAAAACGGUAAUCUUAAUCUAGAGAAAACUUUUUUGUAUAAUAUGUAACACAUGUAAAAAACUAAUUUUUUUCGAAAAAGCAGUAAAUUGUUUAUAAAAGUGUUGCAAUAUAGAAAAAAGUCGUGCUUACUUUACUAGAUAAUAUUAUUACGAAGCUAUGUUUAAAAUUCCAAGUACAUACUUGCGAUAGUCUACGAAUAUAACAGUCGCUUAGUAAAACAAACAUAUUUGAAAAAAACAGUGCUUAAAGUUUUACAUGCUAAAGUCGAUCCCAAAAACUUAGUAACUACACCAGAUUGAAAAAUAUAAACAAUUUUUACUAUUCUCUAUCGUUUCACUUGGUAGAAUACAAUUAAAACAACUUUAAGCGAAAAAAAAUAUUUUUUUCUGAAAGUUCUAGACUGACCCAACUCCUCAAGUACGCCAAAUUCGUUUAUGAAUAAAAAAUGCCUUUCUUAGAUAAAUUUUUUCCUUAAAAAGAAAUGUUAAAUUUUUAUGAGCAUCAUUCUUUAAUUAACAUACAUAUAUGUAUAACUUUAUAAUAUCCUUAACGGUAUUAUUUUCGCUAUACGUUAACGAAUUCAAAUUAUAUACUUAUAACCACUAACCAAGUUGUGGCACCAUUAUAUAACCAAUCGAUCUUCACAAAAUAUAUAAAAUUCUUAAACUGUUCUAAAUUUUCACCAAUCUAACAUAUUUUCAGCAGAUUCUGCUAAUUUUUAGAAGUUUCCGCUAAUUAUUUGCCUUUUAAGACCUGCACUUGAAGCAUUAUCUCAAAGCACACAAAACUCAUAUAUAGUAUAAUGAGUGAUUCAAUCGUUGAAUAAAGAUCAUAAAAAAUCUCUUGUUAUUUAUAACAAUGCUUUGAGACAUUAUCUAACAGAAAGUAACUAAAUUAGAUUAAAAGGAUUGUGCUAUCGCGUUUUUGUUGAUAUAUAACAACAUACGAUAUUUUUAUGACAUUUUACUUAUGACACAAUCUCUCGUAAAAAAUUGUUUUGAUCCAAUACCCAGCGAGUGCUGUGCAGUGUAAUUUGAUACUAACUUUCAAUACUAUCUAAUGGAAAAAGCAGUUGAAAUCAUAUUUAAAGAUACAAGCUAAGCAAAAGUGUUUCCGUCUUUCAUAGGAAAAUAAAGAAUUUCUAUAGGCGAGAACUCAGUAAUUGUACAAAGAAAGUUACAGAUUCUUUCCCAGUUACAAAAUUAAUAUAUGGUCUCAUAAACCGAAUACGAAUGAAUCACAUACUCAUCUCUUAAGCUCUUUAUGCAUUCAUUUUCAGCGAAAUCUCUAUAAAUUUCUCAUUAUAUUUUUAUCAUUACUGAUCAGUAUUUUUGCGCUCACCUUGUAUGGAUAAAGAUUCGUUCAUUUCAUAAUGAUAAAAAUGACAGUGAUGCUAACUUUAACUAUACAAAUUACUUGUACUAUAUUUGUUUACUCUACAGUUUAUAACAUUAUUGACAGCGUAGUAUUUUCUGAGAAUUGUUUUAAAAAUUUAAGUAAAUAUGCCGAGAAAUGUACACAGCAGUACUCUGUUAUCAUAUGAAAAUAAGAACUUCAAACAAUUAUUAUUGUUAUUAUACCUAUACACAUGCAUAUACACAAUAAUUAGUAAAAAAAGAGUUGGGAACUUACGAAAGAUUUUUUUGUUUUAGAGGCUUUGUGUAACGAAAUUGUUAUCAGUUUCCGCAAAGGGGUAUAAUUGAACUAAAAUACACAUAUUUUGUAAAAGGCAAGCCUAAUUUUUAUGAGGAGUAAGCAUCGAAAGCCUACAUACGUUAGUCUCAGAAACUUUACUCGGUAAUACCGCUCAGUUUCUCAUCAGACUGCUUAGGCAUUAAAGCUCUUACGAUUGUGUUAGUUUUCACGUUUAUAAUUCCAACUCGUUCAUGAUCACCAUAAUGAAAAAAAUGUGAAAACAUGUACGUGUAUCUGUAUAAGAACUAGCUUUUUGAUAAAAAUCUGCAACGAUGAUAAACCCAGGCAGCCUAUUUUUGGAACCUAUCAAAAGAAACUAAGCAUUUGAUGGGUCAAACAAGUAAUUUCGAAGACAUACAGUAAGUCAGAAAACUUAUGAAGGCAAAUUUUUUAUUCUAUUGAAAUGUCACACUUUUUUAUGGCAAAAGUAAUGAAGCAAUAAUAGCUUUAAAAAGCUUAUAACAAAUAUGAUUAUUUUAUUUAUUAUUAAAGCUUUCACUUGCCUAAAGAAAAGGCUGUGAAAGCACCAUAAUUUGAUAGCUUUUUCCGAUAUAUUUGAACGAUUUUUCAACAUUUUUAUAUGAAAACUUUCACAAAGCUAAGUCGCAAAAGCUUUUAGUUUUUAAAAAGCUGUGAAGACACAUUAAGAUAAUGACCUUUUCCGAUUUGUUUUUUAACAUUUUUAUAGGAAAGCGCUUACUAAGCUAAACAUAAAGCCGCGAAAGCUUACUGAUUUUAUGACUUUUCGCAAUACAUAAUAAAAAAUAUUAAAGCUUUCAUCUUUUUCUGCAAUGCAUAAUAAAAAAGAUGAAAGCUUUCAGUGUUAUAACAACAAAAGCUCUAAAGGCACAUUAAAUUGAUGACUUUUCUCGACAUAAUUGAUACGUUUUUUAACAUUUGUAUAUGAAAGCGCGCACUAAGCUAAACAUAAAGCCGUGAAAGCUUACUGAUUUUAAGAUUUUUCGCAAUACAUAAUAAAAAA